AUGUUACUCCAACUUCCUUGCCAUGCUAUCGACAAUGAUGAUGAUAUUGAAGAUCGAAGGCAAGAUAGUAGUCAACACUGGCAUUGGAAAGAGGAUGAGAUGCUGAUAAGUGCAUGGUUAAAUGUUUCAACUGACCCUAUAAUCAACAAAGCUGUUGCACAAUUUGCUGGUUGCUACGAUCAAGCUAGUCGAAACAUAAGGAGUGGUUCGAACGCUGAUGAUAUAAAGGAGUUGGCUUAUAAACUUUAUUCCACAAAUUAUGGUCAAAAAUUCACUUUUGAGAGGCAUUGGAACAUGCUUCGGUUGGAGCAAAAAUGGAGAAGCCAACUACCUACACAGAGUGGCGGCUCAAAGAGAACCAAUGUUAGUGCAACUAGAGCAUACUCAUCCUCAUCAAACCCAGAAACACCGUUGGCUGACGAACCCGGUGUGGACUCUCCCGUUCGCCCACAAGGAUCAAAGAAGAGCAAGCGAAAAGGUAAGGAAAAAGCACAGAUGUCUGAAAAUUUUAGCGAAAGAAAAUCAUCGGUUGUCAAAAAAUUAUCUCUCAUGGAAGAUAUUAAGAAUGUUAGAGAAAAGGAACUAAUGGAUAGGGAAAAAGAAAGAGAAGAGGAGAAGGAACAUAGAGUAAAGAUUAUGGCAAUCAAAGAGAAGGAGUUACAAAUUCAAGCGGCUUUGUAUGGCAAAAGAAGACGGCAAGAUAACACAGUCAUAGAUAAUUGGAUCGAUGAGUGUUUACUCCAAGAUUCAGAAGAAGAAGAAGAUAUCGAUAGAAGCUCUAUCCCAAUUACUCGUAGAUGGAUCAACAGAGAUCGAGAAGCAGGACAUGAUCGCCUUUAUCAAGAUUACUUUGCAGAUGAACCGGUGUAUAAUGCUGACAUUUUUCAACGGAGAUUUCGAAUGAGAAGACAGGUGUUCCUUCGGAUAGUAGAUGCUCUCUCAAACGUCUAUCCGUAUUUCCAACAGAGGGUUGAUGCAACUGGAAGAAGAGGCUUGUCGCCACUCCAGAAAUGUACCGCUGCAAUACGGAUGUUAGCAUAUGGCGUAGGAGCUGAUGCUGUUGAUGAUUAUGUGCGCAUAGGCGAGAGCACUACAAUUGAAUGCUUGGAAAAAUUUGUUGAAGGUGUCAUUUCGGUGUUCGAGGAUGAAUACUUGCGAAAUCCCAAACCAAAUGACGUACAACGCCUGCUACAAAUGGCGGAGGGUCGUGGCUUCCCUGGCAUGUUGGGUAGAUUUGACUGCAUGCAUUGGCAAUGGAAAAAUUGUCCAAAGGCGUGGAAAGGUACGUACAUGAGCGGUUAUCGUGGGGUUGCAACCAUAGUACUUGAGGUUGUAGCAUCUUCAGACCUUUGGAUAUGGCAUGCGUUCUUUGGAGUUUCUGGUUCAAAUAACGAUAUCAACGUGUUAGAUCGUUCUCCAAUAUUCGAUGAUAUUCUAAAUGACCGUACUCCGGAGGUAAAUUUCACUAUUAAUGGUAAUAAUCAUACUAUGGGAUACUAUUUAGCAGAUGGUAUUUAUCCUGAAUGGGUCACAUUUGUCAAAUCAAUCUCAAAGCCACAAGGGGAGAAACGCAAGUUAUUUGCACAAUACCAAGAAGGGCAAAGAAAAGAUGUGGAGCGAGCAUUCGGAGUGUUGCAAGCACGCUUUGCAAUUAUACGUGGUCCAACUCAUUUUUGGGAAAAAAAGAAGCUUGCCAACAUAAUGAGAGCUUGUAUUAUAUUGCAUAAUAUGAUUGUUGAGGAUGAAAGAGACACUUAUGCAGGAAAUUUUGCUCAGGGCUUGGAGUAUGAUGAUGUCGAAAAUGGCUUAUCACAACCUCAGCUGGGAGAAGAAGAUUUCGCACCAUACCAUCAAUUUCUCCAAAGAAAUGCCCAACUUCGAAAUAUGCAGCAGCAUAGACAAUUGAAAGAGGACUUGAUUGAACACAUAUGGCAAUUUCACAAUGCUUGUCGUCAACUGUGGGCCAUAAACAGGAACUGGGAUGAGUUCCCUACUGGAGAUGGUCUAAAGCGCAUGAUAACAAUAUUGUGCAGAUCUCUGUCAUUCUCAGCAUCAUCUUCUAAGAGCAAGUCCAAUGCAUGA